UCAGAGCAGAGCAAACGGGAUGCAGGCUAGCUCCGGUAACGGUAACGGCUUUAUUUACAGCUACAGUCACUCCAGCGACGAUGGCACAUAAUAACGUGAGACAACGGAUACCAGAAUCGGGCCAAGCUAACGGAAACCGGUGUCGUCUUGUGGCGGGAAGCCCCGCUCCGUGUCGGUUUGUUGUUUAGGUUAGCUACCUCAGGCUAGCUAGCAGACUGCUUCUUUUAACGGUUUACCGGGAGUUAGCCUCGGGAGGAGACAUCUAACCGCCGCCCGGUCAAAGUUACGGUUAAUCUGUAGCGGGACUGCCUCACAUGAUGGACGGGGGAGCGCUGCUGCGGGGGAAACGGACCCGGUAAACCUGCAGGAUGCGCUAGCGGAUGUAGUUAGUUAGCAUCGGGCCUGAGUACCAGCACACUUCCAGCCUUCCUUGCUUCCUUCCCUUCCUUCCUCCCUAGCUGACCCAGGAGCACAGACCCUCUCGUCUUCCAUGAUCACAAUGGAGUCAGCCCUGAAUCCGCUGCCACAGUUCCCAGAAAACUCCUAUAAGAUGACUGAGGAGGAUGUGAAGAGGCUGAUUGAGUUCAGGGCGUCCAACGAGGCUCUGUUCACAGGGAAGAGAAACUCUGCCAAGAUAGCAUGGAGCACCAUCUUAAAGGGCCUCGGUCUGGAGGGGAAGCUGACAGCUGACCAGAUUGCCAAAAAAUGGGACAACUUGCGGACAAAAUACAAGGACUUGAAGCAGCCCUAUCAGGGCCAGGACAACAUCGGGGGUGUCGUGGAGUCGUGGCCCUGGUUCCACAUCAUGGAUGAAGCCAUGCAUGGUCGCCUCUAUAACAGCAACCUGGUGCUGAGCCCAGAGAAUGCCAGCAACACUGGUCACCGCUGCAACAGCCAGCCCAACCAGAACCAGGAGAACACCGACAUCUUGGAGUUCCUCAUUAAAACGGAGAUGGAGGACACAGUGGCGCAAGAAGCAGCAGGGGAUGAUGGGACGGUUCACACGGAGGCUCCUCCUGCUGAGGGGGUCCCCAUGGGCUGGAGAAGGAUGACCGAGUGCUCCUAUAAAAUGACCGAACCAGAAACAGAGAGAAUGAUCAAACUUCGAGCUGCGAACGAAGCUCUCUUCACUGGAAGGAAACAUUCAGCCAAACCAGCCUGGAGAGCCAUCCUGUACGAGCUGGGUCUUCAGGGGAAGCUGACCACGGAUCAGUUGGCAAAGAAGUGGGACAACCUGAAGAGGAGAUACAAGGAGCUGAAGUUUCCCGCUCGAGGCGUGGAGACCAACCCGAGCUCCUGGCCCUGGUUCUACAGAAUGAACGACGCCAUGGAAGGGCGCUUUGCCGGGGCGGCGCCCAUCCUCACGCCUAUCGUGGAGGACGAAGACGAGGACUGUGAGCCACUGUCACCGACGCCCAAGAAACGAGCCCGCCGCAGCCGAGGCGGGAUGGCUGAGUUCCUGACGGAGUCGGAGAUGGACCUGCUGGUUGAUAAUGAAGACAAGAACGGAUCCUCGGCUCUGGGUGAGCUGCACCGGAUGGCCGAGUUCACAUACAAAUUGACAGAAGACGACACCAGGCGACUAAUUGAGUUGCGAGCUGCUAACGAGUCUCUGUUCACGGGGAGGAGGAACACUGCCAAGCCAGCCUGGAGGGGGAUAGUGAAGGAGAUGGGUCUGACAGGGAAGAUAACACCUGACCAGGUCGCUAAGAAGUGGGACAACCUGAAGACCAAAUUCAAGGACCUGAAGUUUCCUCCUCGGGGGAUGGAGGGUCAGACUAACCCCGCCUCCUGGCCCUGGUUCCAGCUGAUGAGUGACGCUCUGGAGGGGCGGUUGGCGGGAAAAGCUCCCAGAGUGACGCCCGUCUGGAGCAGCGAGGAGGACGGAAGUGGAGGCGUCUUUGGCUCGUCUCCGCCCGCUGACAGAGACUGUUUGAUGGAGGAGAGGAGCAGCGUGUCAGAGCUGGAGAGCAUGGUGGGGGGGGACACAGCCGAGGCUGAUGGGAACGUGACCUACAUUGACGCCAGUGGAGAGGAGUGUUCGACGCCCUCAGAUCUCUCUUAUAAAAUGACGGAUCAGGACACCAGGAGGAUGAUCAAACUCCGAGCUGCUAACGAGGCAUUGUUCACCGGAAGGAGAAAUGCUGCCAAAGCUGCCUGGAAGGCCAUCCUGAAGGAGCUCGGGCUGCAGGGGAAGGUCUCAACAUACCAGAUGGCGAAGAAGUGGGACAAUCUGAAGAGGAGAUACAAGGACCUGAAGUAUCCUCCUGUUGGGAUGGAGAGCGUAGCAGACAGCACCUCCUCCUGGCCGUGGUUCCACCUGAUGAAUGAAGCCAUGGAGGGCCGCCUGACGAGCAGCGCCCCCCUCCUCACCCCCGUCACCCAGGACGAUGACCCUGACCCCGCCCCCAGACACAGGUCCCGGCCAGCCCCUCCCCCUCCUCCUCCCCCCUCCUCUUCCUCAGAAUAUGGACAGGAGACGUUCAGCGACGGUGGCGAGCAGAACCAGCGCAGCUCGGAGGCGUGCGACGGGCCACUGGGUGGACUGGAGAGGGAGUGGGACAUGGUGGAGAGGGAGAGGACGGCGCUGGAGCGAGAGAGGGAGAUGGUGGAGCGGGACAGGGCGGCGGUGGAGAGGGAGAGGGCGGCGGUGCAGGCGGAGAGGCUGUGGCUGGAGAGAGAGCGGGCGGCGGUGGAGCGGGACAGAGCCAUGGUGGAGCAGGAGAGGGCGACACUGGGGCGGGAGAGGGAGGUGCUGGAUCAGAGGGCUCUGAUGCUGAACUCUGUAGGACACUCUGGACACCUUAACGCCCUCAUAUAGGCCAGCGUAGGGACGUAGACCGUCCCUGUGGAGACAUUCUGGUCUGUGGUGGAGGUCUGGAGGAGUAAACCUCACUGACAGAUCGCAGAGGAAAUGUAGAGCUGGUACCCGCUGUGAGAGCCUCGUCUGGAUGUAGACACGGUUGGUCUUCCACACUGAGCUGGUCCUGCAGAUGACACCACCCAGCAGACGUAGGUCGAUUUAACAGGAGAGCUGCACAGUUAAUAAUCUCUGUCAUGAUCUUUCUUUCCACUGUUGUGUAAUAUAAUUUGGAUUUUUUAAGCUAAUACUGACAGAUAUAUUUGAGUUUUUUAACAUAAACGACCUUGAUUCAGAUCCCUUUGGGGUUUUUUUUUUUUUUUUUGUAUUUUUUUUUAAAGAAUAGUACCAGAGGCCCUGUCGACUCAAUGUGUGUUUCUGAA